AUGAAAAGUAAAAAUGAACAAAUGUUUGUACACCCCAGACUCUUCGGAUUAUUCCCUAAGCCUGGCUUGGGUUGGCGAGUUAUCAAGAUUGAUAGUAAAAAUAUAGCGGGUGUAUUUCCAGAAGCAUCAUUGAAGAGAGAAGUGAACGAACCAUUAUUUCGUUAUACUCAAAAGCGCUUUCACAAUGGCUUCCACUUUGCCAAUCUCGAACAUUUGCAUAAUUUACCUAUCAAAAACGGCAAGAUGUUUUUAAACGGACUAUACCUUGAUGGUUAUACCUGUCUUGUUUUAUUCUGUCGUAAAUUUCAGCCAGCUUUACCUGUAGAAAAAGUUUCUUUGGAACUCAAGGAUUUCAGUGAUGAAGAGGUGAAUGAACAUUUCAGGCCAUGCGCAGGUUAUAUUGGGAGAAAAUAUGCAUUUGUUUCUUACCAUGGAAGCAACGACUUAAGAAGUCUGUCUUCAAAAGAGUAUUAUAUCAUGGGUAGUACAAUCAGAAGGCAAGGAAAGGAACAGGAGCACAAAAAAAAAUUGGGUGUAGAAAAAAUUGAAACAAAUACUCCCACUCCCAAAACUACAUCAUGUCAACGCUACAUUUCGCAUAUCGACUACAUGUUUCGACAUACGGGUGUCCUUUUUAACUUUGAUGGGUUUCGAAUUGUUGCCAUCAAAUGGCGUAAUUAUAUUGGACCCCAAAAGAAUAUUGAAUAUUCUGUAGAUAUCCUUUUGAAUAGAUAA